AUGGAGAAUCGAAAAAGAAAGGCAAGUGGAUAUACAUCUAAAAGUGAAGCAAAUUCUCCAAGAACUCAUUCUGAAUCAAUUACAGAAUGUCAAAGAUUUCAGGUUUAUUUAAGAAAGCUUAAUUUUCUUAAUCCAAUGGAGACAAAAACAGAUUUUAAAAGUCUAGGUGGAGAGAAUAAAUUGAGUGACCAGUUGAAAAAUUUUAGUAAUUUGGUAAAAAAGGCACGACAAGAAUAUAUUAUUGAAGUGUUUUACAAAAAAAGUUCAGUUCUCUCAUUUUGGCCUAUUCCAAUAACUCAACAAGAAGCAAUGAUGCAGGCAGAUGAAUCCAACAUAACAUGA